AUGUCAGCUCCAGCGCGCCCGCGCCGCAUCGUCGGCACCAGCAUGAAGAUGUAUUUCGACCUACCCGAAACUCUCGCCUACAUCAAGGGAGUCGCCGAUCUCGCUGCACACGCUGAGGGUGCCGACGUCGACCUAUUCGUCAUCCCCGACUUUGUUACCAUCCUCGAGGCUCGCAGGGCCCUGCAAGACACCUCGGUCAUCCUAGGCGCGCAGGAUGCCUUCUGGGAGGAUGCCGGGCCGUACACGGGCGAGGUCUCCCCGCUGGUCCUUCAGCAAGCCGGCGCCAAGAUUGUCGAAAUAGGCCAUGCUGAGCGCAGGAGACUUUUUGGCGAGACGAACCACCAGGUCGCCCUGAAGGCAGCAGCUGCCGUGAAUAACGGCCUCAUACCGCUAGUGUGCAUCGGCGAGAGAAAUCAUGGCUCCAUCGCUUCGGCGGCCGUUGGAAUGGCGAUCGAGGAAUGCCGCCCGCAGGUCACGUCGGUACUGGCCGCAGUCCCGGACGAUUCUGAGGUCAUACUGGCGUACGAGCCCGUUUGGGCGAUUGGAGCAAAGGAACCGGCAAACGCAGACCAUGUGGUUGCAGUGACAAGGGAGCUGAGAAAUAUGACCGCGAAGAGAAGAGGUACAACCAGGAUCCUCUACGGUGGGAGCGCUGGGCCAGGAACCUUUGCAAAGCUUGUAGAUGGCGUCGACGGACUUUUCUUAGGAAGGUUUGCGCAUGAUCUUGCAAAUCUGAAGCAAGUCAUAACGGAAGUUGGGCAGUCGUGA